AUGGGUGCUCCAGCACUUGACCGAACAGAAGGCGGCGCCCAUAUCGGGCACCAGCGGGCGGAAACAGCUAUGCCGUUCUGGAAGCGCCUCCUGGUAUGUUUGAUGGUAUUGGUCGUCAUCGUGGGCGCCGCGACGGGGAUCUACUACGGGAUCAAGUCACAAACGACUUCAUCGACGCCCGUCGCAGCGAACGCGCUUCCUGCGUCCACCGUACCGAUCCCAGCCUCCGAUAUAUACGUGGACCACACGACGCCAUUCGAUGAUGAUGGGGGGGGCAAUCUCCGAUUCCUGGACCGUCAGAACGUCAAUUGCUUCGUGGACGACCAGGUCAACGGAGGCCUCAACUCCUUCGUCUUCUCUCAACAGGCAGCGGACUCGGGCAAAGUUCAUUACUCGUACACGUGUGCAUCGUCCGCGGACUCGGUCGCGAAAGACAAGUGUAGGACCGUUUCGACCACCAAGGACGAUGACGGUGGCGGCAACCCGGAGUAUCUCGACAGGCAGGUCGUGGCUUGCAACGACGGGGAAGAGAUAUCGCAGUUCAAGAUGGUGCAGCCCGAUGGCAUCAAUGCGGGCAAGAUACGAUACGACUACACGUGCUGCCCGACGGCCAAGAAAUCAUGCAGAGAAGUGACGACGGCCACGACGCCGUUCGGAUGGGGGCCCUCGGGCGUAGCGCCACCGGGUGCUGCGGCAUACGGCAAGGCGAAGGCGAACGUCCGAUUCUUGGACAAACAUACCGUGCAGUGUCAAAAAGGAGAGGUCCUCAAGUCCUUCGGAGCGAUACAGCCGGGCGGACCCGAUUCCAACACUCUCGCUUACAAGUACACUUGCUGUUCCUGA